AUGCUGGAGAUGAGGCGCACCUACUGCUAUAGCGGAGAGGGGGAAGGCUCCGGCAGCGCUGUUCCUGGAAACCCGGAUGAUGUUGUAAUUUGCACGGCUCUCCGCACAGCGAUCACCAAGGCCAAAAAGGGCGGUUUCAAGGACACGUAUCCGGAAGACCUUUUAGCUGAAUUGUUUGCUGCUCUACUGAGGACGACCAAAAUUGACCCUGCCGUGAUACAGGAUGUUUGCAUAGGAAACGUCUUGCAGCCAGGUGCGGGAGCUCUAGGGACGAGGAUUGCCAUGCUUCUGGGAGGGCUGCCAGCGUCUGUCCCAGUUAGUGUCGUCAACAGGCAAUGCAGCAGUGGAUUGCAAGCUGUUGCCAACAUUGUCGCUGCCAUACGAAGUGGCUUUAUUGACAUCGGUAUAGGAGGAGGUGUCGAGUCCAUGUCUCACUUCGACAUGAUGACAACGCUCAACCCAGAAAAGCUGUCCGAAAGGAUUUUCACCGACGAACAAGCGAGAAAUUGCCUUAUUCCAAUGGGGCUCACCUCAGAAAAUGUGGCUCAGAAGUACGGCAUCACGCGUGAGAUCCAAGAUCAAAUGGCGAAGGACACUCAUGACAGAUCUGUGAGGGCGCAAGAACAGGGACUUUUCAAAGAUGAAAUUGUUCCGUUGCGAGUGAAGGUGAAGGAUGCAGAUGGGGUAGAAAAGGAGAUUGUGGUAGAUAGGGACGACGGCCCCCGCAAAGGGACGACGGUUGAGAGCCUGUCCAAGCUGAAACCUGCCUUCCAGGCAAAAGGGACCACCACUGCAGGCAACAGCAGCCAGGUCUCCGAUGGAGCUGCGCUGGUUCUCCUAGCCAGAAGAUCAACAGCAGAGAAACUUCGGCUUCCGAUUUUGGCCAAGUUUGUGGCGUUCGCAGCGGUGGGCGUACCUCCCGAGAUUAUGGGAAUUGGCCCUGCGGUUGCGAUUCCAGCCGUUUUAAAGAAGGCAAAUCUUUCGAUGGACGACAUCGAUAUUUUUGAGCUCAAUGAAGCGUUUGCUUCACAAGCCGCAUAUUGCGUGGGCAAGCUCAAUAUUCCUACGGACAAAUUAAACCCUAAAGGUGGCGCCAUCGCCCUUGGCCAUCCACUGGGAUGCACAGGCGCUCGGCAGAUCGCGACAAUCUUACCGGAGUUGAGGAGAAGAAAGCUGCGAUAUGGCGUUGUUUCAAUGUGCGUUGGAACUGGCAUGGGCGCGGCAGCAGUCAUCGAGAACCUUAUUCUAUAG